AUGACCACAUUAUGGCUCUUCCUAGCCACCGCACUGGCAGUUUACAUCGCCCGUUGCUACAAUUCCUACUCCCGCCUCUGUCACAUCCCCGGCCCCGCACUCGCAAAGUUCUCAUCCGCCUGGAUGAUCAAAAUGCUCACCAGCGGCAAGGUCCACGAGAACAUGAUCGCCACCGCCGCCAAAUACGGCCCCUUGGUACGAAUCGGACCCAACGACCUGCUUUGCACCGACCCGGAGACCUUGCGCCGGAUGUCGAGCGUGCGCUCAGCUUACACAAAAGGAGUCUUUUAUGAGACGGGGAGGAUCAUCCCGGGGUAUAACAACAUUGUUUGUGAGCGGGAUGAGGAGAAACACAAAGCGCUGAGGACAAAGAUGGCAGGGGCUUACAACGGACGAGAAAACGGGAGUACAGGCUUUGAGGAAAGUAUAGAUCGACAGAUGCUCAACCUCGUGGCAUUGAUUGAAAGCAAAUAUGUCUCCUCGCCCGGCAAUCUGCGGCCGUUUGAUCUUUGUGCCAAGACGCAUUUCUUCUCGUUGGAUGUCAUUAGCGAUGCUUCGUUUGGUAAGGCAUUCGGGUUCUUGGUAGAGGAUAGGGAUUUGCAUCAGUUCGUUGAGAUCAAUGACUCUGCUCUUCCGGCCAUGAAUUUCCUUCAGGCUGUGCCGUCCUUGACAAAUAUCGUUUAUCGCUGGCCGUUUAAUCUGGCGCUUCCUAGGGACGUGGACGGCGUUGGGUUUGGCCGGUUAAUGGGGCUGGCAACGGGUUGCGUGGAGGAGCGGCUUCGACCUGAUGCAGAGCCAGGGCGGGAUAUGCUCCAGGCUUUUAUCAAUGGUGGGAUGACGGAGGAUGAGCUGGUGCAGCAUAUGUUUGUUCAGAUUGUGGCAGGUUCCAUUACGACGGCGGCAGCUAUUCGACAUACCCUCUUGGCCUUGAUAUCUACCCCUUCGGUGUAUGCGACUCUCCAAAAGGAAAUAGAUGAGAGUGUCUCCUCCGGCCGCGUCAGUCGUCCGGUCAUUAGGGAUGUCGAAGCUCAAGCCCUUCCGUAUCUGCAAGCGAUGAUUCGCGAGGGCUACCGAACCUGGCCAUCAGUUGUUGGCCUGGGCAGCAAGCAGGUGCCGAAAGGUGGUGAUAGUAUUUGCGGGUUCCAUGUUCCGGAGGGCACCCAAGUCUCGCAUAACUACUCGGGAAUAAUGCGAUUGAAGGGGGUAUUUGGGGAGGAUGCUGACGUGUUUCGACCGGAGCGCUGGCUAAAGGAGGAGGCCGACGCAGAGCGGCUGAAGUUGAUGAACUCUGUGCUGGAACUUGCGUUCGGGAAUGGAAAGUACCAGUGUCUGGGAAAGCGAAUCGCGCUGAUGGAGUUGAACAAGAUCUUUUUUGAGCUAUUGCAGCGGUAUGAUAUGGCGUUGGUUGAUCCUCACAACCCGAUCAGAUCAAGCAGCGGGGUAUUUUGGAUUGGAAGCGAUUUGAUGUUGAGAUUAACAAAGAGGUCGUAA